AUGAUGGUAUUCGUGAUGAGUCUUCUCUGUGUGGUCCUCGGAGUUGUGAUGGCAGUAAAACUUGUACAGAUGGAUCAGCAAAUCGAUGAAGCUCAAAGUCAGCUACCUCGGACUAUCAAGAAAACCUUGAACGAUCUUCAAAUACCCAUCAGAUCGGACCAUCUCAUCAAACCUCCAGGACUAACGUGGACGCCUUUGACUGGAGACGCACUUAUGCAAGCGGAGAUUAUUCGUAAAAUCGACCCUGCAAGCAUCGAUGGCACUGGUCGCGAGAAGACACUGUUCUCAAGAAAAGAAUGUCCUAAGCAAUGUUCUAGGGAAGAAUUUUCUUCUCCACCUCUGGUCAUUUUGUCAAUGGAUGGAUUCGCUAGAGAGUACCUGGAUCGCUACAGUCUGGACUCCCUCUCCUACGUUGCUAAAUGUGGUGCUACGGCCGAGUCGCGAAGCUAUGUAAAUUUGAAGCCUUGGCGCAACAGUCAAGGCAAUGGGCUCGAGACGUCGCAUGAAGUGGACAACAACAUUUACGAUCCGCUCAUCUCAGAUCAGAUGGAAAGCAUGAAAAGAGUAGAUCGAGAAGGAUUCUAUAAAGGCGACCCGAUUUGGAACAUAUACAAGCGGCAUGGUGGUAAGACGGCAUGUCUUUUCUGGCCAGGUUGCGCCUUCAACGUCUCAGGAUCACGGCCAGAUAUUUCACUGCCAUACAAUAAGGAUUUACCGUUCCGGAACCGAUUCGACAUGAUUCUAAAUUGGUUACUGCAACCAAAAGAAAGUCGUCCUGGCCUCAUUACUGCCUAUCUCGACCAGCCCGAUAGUGCGGGACACUACCAAGUGGACGAGCAAGAUAUCAAGGCACAGCUUGCUCAGCUGGACGACAAUCUGCGGUAUCUGAUCGGGCGACUUGACUCUGCAGGCAUUUUGCCAUGCAUAAACCUUGUCAUCGUUUCUGAUCAUGGAAUGCAGAAAACGAAUAAUACCCAGUAUUUCUCUGAGCUCCUCCCCGAUUCUAGUGUUAUUACGGCGUCUGGAGUGAUUGGAAGAAUACACAAGUACAAAUCGACCGCUACUGUCGAUGAGUUGAUGAGGCCAUUCACAUGUGAAAAAGGGGACCGAUGGAAGGUGUACAGCAGAGACAGUAUGCCGACAAGGAAGCACUACCAAAAGACAUCGAGAGUCGGUGACGUUAUCGUGCAAGGAGAACCCGGCACGAGCUUCUACCCGGAUCCAUCGAAGGAUUUCCAUUUAUCUGGAGAUCACGGUUAUGAUUUCAUCAAUCCUAGCAUGCAAACAGCUUGGAUUUCCUUCAAACUGGCAUGCCCGUUUCCGAAGCAAGAACUUCUUCAAAUAUCGUCGAAGACUGCUUAUUGUGUACAAAAUUAUUGCGAAAAAAUGUUGAUAGUUGGUGGAGGGAAGAAUGCUCCUGUAGCUGUAUAUGAGACCCUGAAAAGAGGAGCCACUGGCUCAUCCAGUUCCUGUCACUUCGUAAAUUCAAAGUAUGGCAGCAUUUGUUCUAAACAUAUGUAUUCGACUGGUUUAACAUCGAAAAGCCUCUCUGCGGAUGAACACUCAGGAUUUGCAAACAUUUCAACUAUUGAAAUACCAUGGAAGAGCAAAUUUAUUACCGAUGUGCUUGAUCCGUUGAACGAGUACACGCAAUCCCUCGCUGAACGGAUGACCCAAGUGAUCUCAAUCACCGGAACAGCCUUCGACUUCGACUACAAUGGCAUUGCUGACGGCAGACCAAGUUACACUCCUUCACAUCUCUAUCGAAUUCUGAUCACCUGCGCGGGGCCAUGGUCUCCCGACGGGACGUCUUGCAUGCAGCCAUCCGAUUUGAUGACUCUGUCGUUCAUUUUCCCUCACUUAGAUGGCGAUAUCAAUUGCCUAACAAAGGAGGAUCUGCUUCUGGAGUACACGGCUCGUCUUCUUGAUGUCGAGUUGAUAUCAGGACUGCGGUUCAAUUUCCCAAAUAUACCGCACGAGCAAACAUUGCGACUAAAAACUCACAUCAAUACAAAACUGUGGUAG